ACCCCAUGGAGCAAUGUGGGGGCGCAAAGGAAGCCAACAACUCCAUCGCUGGCUUGAAGUUCAACUCCAUGGAGCAGUACAUGGUCCUGAGCGACUCCCAGAAGGUAGCAAUUGCCGUUCUGUGCACCGCCCUGGGCCUGCUCAGCGCUCUCGAAAACCUGGCCGUGUUCUACCUGAUUCUGUCCUCCCACCGGCUACGCAAAAAGCCCUCGUACCUGUUCAUCGGCAGCUUGGCUGUGGCCGACUUCCUGGCCAGCGUGAUCUUUGCCUGCAACUUUGUGAAUUUCCACGUGUUCCAUGGUGUGGAUUCCGAUGGUGUUUUCCUGCUGAAGAUUGGCAGCGUGACACUGACCUUCACAGCCUCUGUGGGUAGCCUGCUGCUGACCGCCAUUGACCGCUACCUCUGUCUGCGCUACCCACCUACUUACAAAGCUCUGCUCACCCGUGGGAGGGCGAUGGUGACCUUGGGCAUCAUGUGGGUGCUCUCGGCACUGGUGUCCUACUUACCUCUCAUGGGUUGGACUUGCUGUCCCAGUCCCUGCUCUGAGCUCUUUCCACUGAUCCCCAACGACUACCUGCUGGGCUGGCUCUUGUUCAUCGCCUGCCUCUUCUGUGGGAUCGUCUGCACCUAUGGGCACGUUCUCUGGAAGGCCCAUCAGCAUGUGGCCAGCCUGGCUGAGCACCAGGACCGGCAGGUGCCAGGAAUGGCUCGGAUGCGGCUGGAUGUAAGGUUGGCCAAGACCUUGGGUCUGGUGCUGGCGGUGCUACUGAUAUGUUGGUUCCCAGUCCUGGCCCUCAUGGCCCACAGUCUGGUGGCCACGAUGAGCAUUCAGGUCAAGAAGGCCUUCGCCUUCUGCUCAAUGCUGUGUCUCGUCAACUCCAUGGUCAAUCCUGUCAUUUAUGCCCUGCGGAGUGGCGAGAUCCGCUCCUCUGCCCAGCACCGCCUGGCCCACUGGAAGAAGUGCCUGAGGGGCCUGGGGCUGGAAGGAAAAGAAGAAGUCCCCAAGUCCUCUGUCACAGAGACUGAAGGGGACUUGAACUUCACCCCAGGGCCAGAGCCCAAAGGGCUACAGUGAUCAAGUCACUGAUGUGGCCUCUGCUCCACUUACAGACAAACCCGGUCAGAAAGGAUACUGCCCCCGAGGACAGCACGUAGUCCUGGGUUUCUCCUGGAACCAGCUCUGGAGGCCCGGUUGUCAUGUCCACUCCUUUAGGCUCAGGGCUGUCAGGACUGGCCGUGCCCACCCAUGCAGUCUGGUGAAGAGAGAGACAAAGAACUGGCAGGUUCACCUACCAAAGGUGCCUUAGCAUCUGCAUUCCCCGGAAACCACAGGAAGCCAGGCAGCUCCAGACAGGACUGUUCUAGAAACUUGGAUGUCACUGCUUGACCCCUGUGUCUGCAGGGAGGGCAGAGGUCACUAGAGACAGACUCCGGAGAACCAUGUGCACCCAGCCAGGGCGUGUGCGGUGGUGCGGCCAGAAGUGGGUUAUGUCUCCGGCUAACCUAACACACCAAGACUUCACAAAUCCCACUCAACCCCGUG